GGUCGCUUUCACAUACGGCGAUUCGGCGGCCUUGUCGGCACAAUAGCACAACCUCGCUGCGACUGCAGAAUCUCGCUCUGGACGGGCAGUCGACACAACCAGCGCAGCCAAUAUCCAUCCGCAUCGCACGGUCCCACACUCAAGCCAGCACAACUGCACCACACCGACAUCCGUAUCCCGUCCGUCCGGCCUGGCUAAGCUAUGGAGUCGCAGGACGAUGCCGUUGCCGGUGACGGAACGCUCGAUCCCGCAGCUGUGGCCGACAGCGCCGCCAACCAAAUCGAGGGCCCGCUUGCCUCGAAUCUGCUCAUGCCCGUCGAGCUCGACCCAUCCCCGCACGGCGAUAGCGGCAACGCACCGUCCCAGUCAGAGCGACCAGAUGCCCUUUCGAUGCCGAUCGACUCGCAGGCCGACUACGAGCCGCCACUCUCGGCUCGGGCGCUGCUGAUCGAGGCAACUGUUCCAGACGCGAUGCUUCGGACUCCGGUGCCGCCAUCGACACCACCCAAGGAGAAUCGCCCGAGCCGACCAGUUUCGGCCCGAAGCAUUGGCUCGCACCACAGCCAGGGCCAGCAGCAGAAGGCCUUGUCGGACGACCGACCGGCUCGCACCGAGGUCGAUUCUAACGAGACCGGCAUCAGCACGGAUGGCCACUCCAAGGCCAAGCGAGCCAGCACAAAGAAUCCCGCAAAGCCCCAGUUCGAUGUGCGCUAUGAACGGCUCAAACGCGAGCGAGACAUGCUGCGAAAGAAGGAGCAGCACAGCGUCGUCAAAACCAAAGAGUACAUCAUCGGAGAGUUGGAUCUCAUCAACGAGAAGCAGAGACGUCGGCUGGCUCGUGCGCAAGCCGCAUCCGACAGCAAGCCUGGGGCGUCUGCAUCGCUCAAGUCGAACGGAAAGUACCUGGAGAUUCCCAAUCUGCUGGAUGGCUUCUUCAUGCUCAACAAAGCCCCGGCCGACGAUCCGGAGGAAGUCUAUUCGCUGGACGUCUGCGCCAUGGAUCUGUCCUAUGUGAUCGAGGACGACUUGUCCCUCUUCCGCAACCUGCAUACGCUUAAGGCGGGCGAGAACAAGCUGCCAGUCAGCAGACUCGGAGGCCUGCCCUCACUCAAGGAACUGAUUGUCCCCUGCAACAACGUCAGCGACCUGGAUCUUGAGUCCGGCGGCAAGUUUCCGCUGCUGGAGCGCCUCGAUCUCUCAUUCAACAAGGUCACCCAAGCAAGCAUCAUCGUCCUGGCAACAUUCCCCUCGCUCAAGCACCUGGACUUGACCGGAAACAAGCUCCGAAGCCUGCCUCCGGAGUGCGCCAAGCUCGAAAACUGGAAGGACCGAGUCAUUGAGCUUCUCUUGCCCGCGCAGGUCGCGGCAAUGGAUGCUUAUCUGGCACUCAAUCAUGCGUCCAAAGCUAUUCAGCCCGAGCUGUCGCCGCUCGCACCGAUUCCAGAGCAAAGACAUGUGGUUGAUACAUUCAAGUCUGGCGAUCUUCAGGAAGCGGGCGACCAGCCAAAAUUCAGCGGCACGACUCAGCAAGCCAGCAAUGGCCCCCACCAAGCCGGCGAUGGAGAGCAGAGGACGAGUUAUACCGUGAGCCUUGAUAACGACUCACAAAGCCGGAUCUCCGAUGUGUCGAAUGGAGCCGCCGGUGCCCCAAGAACCAAAGAGACUCUCCAAGAUCAGCCCCAAGGUCCGGACGGGGUGCACCUGUCAAGCAAGGAUCCUCGGCUCUCUCAAUCGCGCAAGGUACAGGCCGAGGCCACGGCUCCGCUCGGUGCCGAUGCGACGCCAUCCCAAGAGCACUGCGUUGAUAGCGCAUCUCAUCUCCCAGAGGCUCGGCUAUCUGCCUCUGCAGCCAACAUCGACCAGAGCGCAGAUCCGAUGGGCCAUGUCGGGGCCCCCGAGUUGCACAUCCCAGAACACGCCAUCGACGAGUCCAAAAUGGCUUUGCUCAUGGAUCGGCUCGACAUUGCGACCUCGAGAGGGGGAUUUCCGGCCCUGGAAGUGCUCGUGCUCGAAAAGAACCGGCUUUCGAAUCCGGACACCAUCCAUACCCUCGGGAAGCUUCCUAGACUCAGAAUCCUCAAUCUUUCCCACAACCGAUUCGCUUCCUUUGCCUUUCUGGCUCCGGCCUCCGACGAUAUACCCAACGGCUCCAACAAUGCCCUUGAAAAGUACCAAGGGUUCUUGAAUCUCGAAGAGCUUCACAUCACUCACAAUCGCAUCUCGGAGCCCGAUGGACUCAUGGGCAUCAUCUGGCUGCCCCAUCUGCGGAGGGUGUACAUCGAAGGCAACCCCGUCAUGAAAAAGUCUGGCGGAUCGAUUGCAUUGCAGCACGAUAAGGAGCACGGUCAUCUAGACAACACGGACGAGCUCAUCGGAUACAUUGACUUCAAUCCAUUUGUUCUCCUACCGGAAACAUACGGGAUAUCGAUCUGCGAUCCGGUGUUCCAGGCGCCUCCGUCGGUCCUCGAGAACACAAUCUACUCGCUGGCCCCUCAGCACAGCGGCGGCUUCAGACUCAAGUAUCACAAGCGGAGCAAGUUCACUGGAAAGAUCCUCAAGGGCAAGGCCGGCGCCAUAUUCCAUGCCCGCGGACUCGACGAGCCCCUCAAGCACCGAGUGGAGGAGCUGAAGCUCACGACCCACGGCCGACUCCGGCGCGAAUACAAGUACACCGAGGAUGACAUCCGCGGCAUGAUCAAGGCCGGCCGCAUCAUGGAGCUGAAAGAAAUCCAACAGGUCCUGGACCGGCAAAGACUCGACAGCGACCAGGAUCCAGACCAAGAUGGGGCGGAGCCAGGAUCGUUUGACUCUUUCGAUCAGCCCGCAGAGCCCAGCGAGUUGCCUCGGCCCGAAUCUGCUGCCGCGGACGGUCUGCAUUACAACCCGGAGGCGAAGGACUCUACUUUCCUCACGGGAGUCCACAUCACCGGGUCUCUGGGACCCGAUCCCAGAGACUCGACCAAACCUGCCGACCUCUCGGGCACGGGUACGGGCAUGGGCACGGACACGGUUCCGCACGGCGACGUUGUGCCGCCGAGCGAGUAUUCCUCCGAGCCCUCCGAUGUCGAAAGCGAGCCGUAUUCCGAGACAGAGUCCGAGGAGGACACUGUCCCGUUGCCUACAGGCAUCCAGGCUGCGACGAGGGCACUCCGGCACGCCCUCGCCAAUCCCAUCUCGUACUGGCGGGUGGUUGAGGCCACCUACGCCCGGCCAACCUUUGCCUCCAAGAAACGCCUGCGGGAGGUACUUCCGCGGUACCUUUUGUCGAGCGAAACUGAAAAGUUCCAUCCACCGCCGAUCCAUGCCAUGACCGCCCCGCUCAAGACACCCGCCUGGGUCAAGGGCCGAAAGGUAGCGGCGUCGGCAGAGGCGUUUGACGAGCCACUGAAGCCCGCGCCGCCGAGCGAACCCAGAGGCUCGGCUGGCGGCCGGAGCAUCACCUCGGGAACCACCGGGCGAUCCAGCGGGCCGGUGAACACCGACUGGACUGAUCUUCCGCGGUCGCGCUCCUCGGUCAGCACCAUCACGUACGAGCUGCAGCGCAAGCACAGACAUGUAAAGAUGCUGACUACGGAGGAACAGCGGGAGGUGUCGCGCAAGCUCAACGACCGGGGCACAGUUGUAUACGAGGCCCGGCGGGACAAGGCCCAGCCCUCCAUCUACUAUCCACCAACGCUUCCGCGGACUCGAGGCUACAAGCGCGACCGACAGGGCCGAGACGAGUUCAAGGAAAUGCGGGAGAUGAUGUCCAGUGUCGACGAGCGGCUGAUGCUCAUCGAAACCAACCUUGCAACCGUCUUGGGCAAUAACAAGCUGAUCAAGCACCUUCCCCAGAGCAAGAAGCUUCUCGACGAAGUCCAGCAAGAAUAUGACCGAAUCGAGCGCAUGUAUGCGCAGAAUGCCAAGCAGACGAUGCGCAUGGCCAAUCGAUUCAAGCUGGGGUCCAAAGCGUCGCCGGGAACCAAGGAGCCGGCAUCGCCAGCACCAGUCUGAACCACGACAAAGAUCUGUUGCGGCGUCCCAAACAAGAAACAACACGCCCUGAUGCUGAAGACACUGGUUUGGUUUUAGUUUUAGUUUUAGUUU